CCCGCUCGAUUCUGUGUUCCAUCCUCGUGUAUUCGGUAUAUGGAUUUCUCGGUGUUUGCUCCCUCCUGUCUGAGUACCCUUCAGCACAUGUGAAUACAGCAGUGUCAGGACAUUUCCUUGUCGCCGGCCACUCCAUAGUACCUGCGUCCGGGGGGAGAAUGAAUGAGAGAAGAUUUGGGGUUCCGUAACAGUUGACGCAGCUCUACAACUUAAGACGCGCAAACUCGCGUGGCCGGGCGCAAAGAUAAAAAACAGACAGAGUUAAUGGACCUUGCGCAGGCGGCGAUUUUUGUAUUUCGAGGACGAAAAGGUUUAAAAUGUCCUGUGGAAAGCGAUAUUGCUCUGAUAAGGUAACCACCGGAUGAGAGUGAUCUUUGCUGUCUAAGAGUUGGGCGUGGUUAAAAAGUUGUGCACAGCUCGAACUCCCACAGUGGUCUGCUGCCCAAUUAUUUUGAUGUUGCCGACCGGUCAAUUGCCACCUCCGAAUGGCGACUUUUCUCUUCCGCAAUGCCGGCUCGCUCCCCACGCCUGCGAUUUGCGCAUUGGGGACUGCAGUUGUGGCCAGAAUUGUGUAUGUCUUCUCUUCCGCGUCUGGAACUUCUUCUACCGGCUGUGGGUGGACGUGGAACAAGCAAGAACAUCAGCUAAGUGGUUGCGCGGAUCAAAAAACCCCAGAGGACGUGAACCAUGCGCAGGAGAAGGAAACCAAAACACGACACUCCUGCGAAGGUCCACAACCUUUCUGUCGCAAUAUUACAACAACUUCACGUGGUCAAGUUGAAAUCACGACAGAGCCUCCAGCGCGCAGCUUCGUCUCUUCUCACCCUCGUUCGAUACGAAAUACGACACAUCAUGAUGUAGCUGCUUCGACCGCAGAGUGUGGAUCAGAACGGGUAUCACUAUCAGACCACGAGGAGCUGCACGAAGAUCGCGAAACAAGAACAACUCGAACCGGUAAUGAAAAUCAGCAAGCAGGGAGCCAACGCGGCGAAGAAACGACCCUCGUCGACAAGAUAGUGCGGUUUUGUGACGCGGCACGCGGCUCUGGUGCGGAAGCUCCAACUACAUCUUGUUCCCAGCGAGGACCUCCAGCACAACCUGUUGUGACAGGUGUACUAGAAUAUGAUGGCAAGAUAAGGUCGUCGUCAACGCCUCGAGACUCUGUCAACGGCAAGGAACAAGUAGACGAGGAGACGCAGCCGUAUUUCCUGAAAAUUAACCAUCCCCAUGAUCCAAUUUGUCAUGCAAAAGAUGAAGCGACUUCUGUUUUUGUCAUGCAAAAAGUGAAUGGGGAUAGUUCAUUUUCAAGGAACAGUAAGCCGAGUGGUGGAACAGCUACAAGCUCCAGUUGUAUUGCGGAACAUCAACACGGCCAGCCCACUCGUCCUACGCGGACGCCAUCAACCUCUCACCUGCACAGAAAACAUUUCUGGUGCGACGAAGCAACCGCGUCUGGGUAUGACGCGAGCACGGCUUGGGCGCACAGACGGGUAGCGAAAGGCCACGUGCACCUGGUACGGAAAUUUUAUGCGGUGGAAGAGAACUACUUUCAUAUAACUUCGGAAUAGAACAAGUUGUUUCUCGUUGUCCUCGUCCUGUACACGAAUAACGGGAUACGCUCAGCAGAGCGAGCAGCAAGUAUUUCAUGCAAAAAAAUACAUACACUUGAUAUGACUUUCAUCAGACCUCCACGCGGCGCAGUUCGCUCCAGCGUAGCGAUCUCUAUUUCAUUUCCUACCUGAUCUUUCAUCAAGCGAAAGCGAAACCAACAAGUUGCGCAUCACAACUGCGCCAUAGAUUGUUAGUCUUGAAACCUCCUGGAGUUAUUCCCUUUUCAACAGUGACACUCGCGCUCAUGGACACGUUCUGGAGGUCGCCGGCGGCACGGGAAAAUGGUUGGGCUAUUACGCUUAUGCACUGCAAAAUCAUCGUAGUCGUUGUCGGAUCAGUCUUAGCAGCUGCAUCACAAAUUUUUCCAGAAGGAAAGUUGGCACCUGUCAUGGAGAUUCAGCAGGCAACAUCAAAGCGCAUUUGUCGUGCAAGGAAUGCGAUUGCUACGACCGAGCACGAUAUCGAUACUUUUGCAGUCGAUAACCCUGACGAACAAUGCGACAACAAGAUCACAGCCAUUACGCUGGUCGACAGUUCGAAGGAAAUGUUGAGACGCGCGUACAUGCGGGCCGUUCAGUUGCAGGCGUUCGCAGUGGGAGUUGGGAAACCGAAAAGGACGGAUAAGGAAAGCGAGGAUGGGGGUCUAGGGCAGGAGCAGGCGAGAAAAACAAAUAUCACUUCCGCUCCAAGAAUAGCCUCCAGAUCGUCUUCCAGUAAAAAUGGAAGCUGCGGCGCUAGUACAGAUCCGCACCAUGCGAGCAAGUCGGACACCUCGAAGAUUCAUUUGAAGCUACAGACCGCCGACGCAGAACACCUACCACACAUAUGCAUUGCAAAAGCUCAAGUGUCCUCGCACUACCAGUACCCUAGCGUGAAUUGCAUGACAAAUUUUCGGAAUAACUGCAAGUUGUCAUGCCGAUUCAGAUAAGAGCCAAGAUUUGUCAUGCAACAAUAUUGCGAUGAGUACAACGCGAGGAUCAUAUUGUUGCGGUUCAUAACAGGCCUGGACCGACAGUUACGCCACGUAAAUUUCUGCGUCCAUGAAAUCAUGUCGACUUUGUGAUGUUGCAGAGACUGUCGCAAUUUUGGUGCAAUUGAUAGUUUAUUCUUGCAAAUGUACUGAAACGACAUUGACUCAGUGUCAGUAAUCAAGCUUGAUUUGUCUCUACUGACCACUAGACCCUCGAAUGUGUAAAACCUCCUUCUUCAUCCUGUCAAAUUACGAUUGGGGUUGGCACAAGAACCUGUGCAGCAUGAAUGCAUGCAAAAGUGAGUUAGACUUCACAUGGUUCUUGGAAGCAGACCCUUGCUCCUUCUGGAUAGCGAAUUCGACACCGUGGUAGACGUUCUGGGCCUGUGCAGCUACGACAACCCGGAGAAGGCGGUGCAAGAAAUGUUCCGCGUAUUGAAACCGGAAACGGGACGGUUGAUUUUGUCCGAGCACGGGAUUGCCGACUACAAACUGGUCCAGUACGCUCAAGAGAAGUUUUGGGAGAAAAAUUUCCACGAAUGCGGGUGCGACAGCACGAUCGACAUGUUUGGACUGGUGCGAAAGGCGCUGGGGAGGGGAGUGGUAGAAGUCGGGGAGGAAAUUGUGACUUCUACGUCAACACCUUCUUGCAGGGGGCUUGCAGAUGAUUCCACUAUUAGUGAGGAUUUUACGAAGGUGGGACCUACUGGUGAUGUUGAACAAAAGGGUGCUGAUAGGCAACUACAGGACACUGAACCACAGCAAGAAAACAAGGAAAAGAUUAUUCUUAUUGCUAAUUACGAAAUCGUGUACCAAGAAAGGAGAUCUCUGGGUGCAUACUACCAUCUUGUGAUAAAGAAAAAGACGUAGACGAAUUCAAUUGAAUAAAAAGCGCGCAACUUCUACUCUGAGAGCUGAAUCUGGCUGGACGAAAGAGCACCAUACUCCAUGUAGGGAAG